AUGGCGCCUAAAGCAACGCGUUCCUUCCGGGGACUCCUGUCACAGCGGUCGCACAUGGCCAAGGCGUUGCCCCGUCGCGGGCUGCGUCCCGCCAAAGAGGUCGAAGAGCGAAUGGCGUCCGCCGGAAUCAGCAGCAUGGGGAAUGGCAAGGCCGUGCGUGCGCUGCUGCUCACCUUUCCUGCCAUGCCGCCUUCUCAGACGACGCGGGUGGUGGUGCCGUGGAAACAAGCAAGCAUGACGGGCAAGGCUGUGUGCCGCGCGAUCCGGUUCUUCCAGGGUCCUGAGUGCAAAGGACAGACGUUGGACGUUUUCGCGAAUGGCCGACAGAGGUGCGCCUUCCAUUCUUGCUCGCCUUGCUUCCAUGCUCGUAUGCUCUUGAUGCCGCUCGUUUCUCUCCACCACCUGACCAACGAUUGUUUAACUCGUGGCGCCCCUCCUCCCCCUGUGUGGAGUGAGAAGUAUAUCUCCGAGAAAGCGAGGUCCGCUCUCUGCCUCAUAGAGGACUUGUGUCAGUAUGCGAGCUGCCCUGCCGGCUCUAACACAUGCACCCCACCCACCGACGACAGCGCGGCAGUGACGUGCGCGUGCAAGAAAGGCUACAGCGCGGUCAACAACAAAUGCCUGCCUUCCAAAGCCUCGUGCGUCACUACAGGCUGCCCUGCCAACGCCAAGUGUGCCAGACGCACAGGUGGCACUGAAAUGGAGUGCAAGUGCAAGGCGGGCUACAAUGCAGUCGGUGGCACCUGUGUGCCAGCAGCAAAAUCCGGCACCACCACAACCCCGUCUGGCACCACCACAACCCCGUCUGGCACCACCUCAGCACCGUCCGGCACCUCCACAGCUACCAUUUACCUGCCUGGUUCCCUUCGAGGCGGCCAUCUCACGUCGUUGCGUAAGGAACGGCGGACUCAUUCCCAACGCGCCGAUGACUUCGUUUCCGUGACCCGCCAGUCAAGUCUGGAAGCAGUAAAAGAAGGGGCUUUAAGGAAGCAGCGGUUGCGUGUUUCAGUGUGCGGAGAUCGACAUACUGCUCGGUGCUUGUGCGCUCUUGAGAUGGACAAGAGCAGCAACCGCGUCUUGCCCCAGGCAAGAAUAGUCGGGGCCUCCUGCUAA